AUGGACAAGCCCCUCCUGCUGGGACUCCCUAUCCUACUCUGCUGCUUUAGAGUACUAUCUGGGUCAUUUUCAGACCAGGAGCAAACAACUCUGCUCUCACUUCUAUUUCUCUACUCUCUGGCCCAAAUUAUAGAAAUUAUUCAGUGUAGGAUGUGCCAUGUCCAGUUUCCAGGAGAGAAGUGUUCCAGAGGCAGAGGAAUAUGUACUGCAACAGCGGAUGAGGCUUGCACAAUUGGGAGGAUUUUCAAAAAUGAUGGUACUCUCUGGUUAACCUUCCUGGGCUGCCUAAAGAACUGUGCUAAUGUGAACAGGAUAAAAUGGAAUACCUAUUUUGUGAACCUCAGGUGUUGCAGGAGCGAUGACUUGUGCAAUGAACUUGUUGAUGCUUGA